AUGUAUGGAAUAGAGCAAGACACGCUGGGCGUAGCUUUCAAUCCUACUCCAACAAAUAUAGUGACAUACUAUUUAGCAAGGAAAUACCCUAAAGAACAGGUUGAAGAGGAAGAGAAUGAACAACCCAACGGAAAAAUUUAUAUAAAUCCUUUGAAUUCAAUAGAAAGUUGGCAAAAAUCGUUAUAUAACGAUGUUCACAGUCUUUUUAUCCAAACCCAAAAAAUAGCUAGUAAUGAAUUGGCAACUAAUGUUGGCGACGCGUUUCAAAAUAGUUCUCUUCGUUCAACUUUAUAUCAGAUAACGCGAGACUAUUCUAGCAUAUUGGAAGAUCACACAAAGAACCUUAGAAAGCAAGAUUAUGAUAUCAAGCAAAUUAUGGAGAUUUUCUCAACUUGGGAAAUAUGUCGAAUUUUAUUUUUUUCUCCAAGACGUAAAAGCACAGAUCUCGCUUCAGAUUUAGUUUGCUGGGUAAAUACAUUUUUACCUCCUAGUGAAUUGACAUUCGAAGAAGAACAACAGUUGGAAACUAUUUCGCAGCCACAAAACGAGCCGCUUUUUCGAGAUCGUCUCAUAAAUUUAGUUCUUCGUGGUGAUAUCCGAGCAAAGGAGUUAUUAGCCUGUUGUCUUACAGGAGAUGAAAAUGAUCUGUCCGAUCGUGCUAUUCAUUCCGUGUUGCAAACUUUAAAUAACAAACCACAAGCUAAAGAUUACGAGGAAGACCAGUUAAAUUUACAAGACAAGGAAUUGCAAUCUCUCCUUGAUGUAAUAUUGGAUAUAAUGCGAGGGUCUGAGACGGCCAUCCUGGAUAACUGCUUUUCAUGGGCAGAAUCUUUGGGAUGUUUACUGCUACAUCGUCUUCCAACUGCUGAUUAUACUGAGCUGUGUAUUGUAUUAAAUAAAUGUCUCGAGGGAAAGUCUCUUAAAGACGAAGGAGAUUUUCAAAAAGCUAUAAUUAAGUUUCUUUUUCAAGAGAUUGAUCAGGGACUGAUACUAUGCUUAAAUGUCGAUUUGUGGUUGUCAGCACACUUAUCAGACGUUUUUUCCAAAUUCGCAAAGAUUGGUACAAUUCCUCAUCCGAAAACCAGUUCAGGAGUACCUUUCAAGGAUUGGCUUUUUGCGUUUCGAGAAUCCUGUAUACUUGAUUAUGGCGAGUUAUUGGCUGGUCAUUCUACGCUUUGGUCUAUUGCUUUUGAUUAUUUUAAAUAUUGUCCAAAAUAUGGAAUAGAUUACAUUCAACAAUUAAUUGUCAAGAUACCAAUGGAUACUGAGACGAAGAUUCAUAAAAUCUUGGAUAUCUGCAAGAGAUAUGAUUUGCGUGAAGAGUCCAAAACAAUAUGCAAGAUUGUCGCGCGCAAAUUUCUUCGUGAAAAGCGUUAUACACCAUCGUUAUUUUAUUUUGCAAAGGCUAAUGAUAAAAUACAAAUAAGAUUGAUAGCGCAUCAAUUUUUGAACAAUGUUAUCGACACAGGAGAAUUAAAAUUUGAAAAAGUAAUUGAAAGCCUUCCAUUGCAAGAAAUUGCAGACACAUCGCUGAACUUCUUAUCGCAGUAUUGUGAAUUUCAUCAUUUGUUGCAGGAACGAAGUUUUGAAACGGCUAAAAAUUUAUUAAUGAAUCUUAUAAAAUCCCAAGCAUCGCCAAAAUACUUCUGGCCAGUUUUACUUCUUAAUACAUUGCCAUUACUGCGGCAAGAAGGCGAAAAAUCAAAGUCAGUAUUCACUCGCGAAGACAUAUUUGAAAUUUUAUGUAUCUUGGAAGAAAUAACAUCGUUUCAUGAAAACAAUCAAGAAUUUGAAAAGUCCAUGCGAUGUAUAAUGAAGUGGCACACGCGUGAUAAUGGUUAUGAUGAGAUAGACGAUAAAUUGAAAAUCGUUCGGCUGAGACUCGCUCAUGAUUCUGCUAAAGCUUUUACAGCAAAAAGAAAUCCAACAUCUAAUGAUUUGUUAUAG